AUGUCUGGACUCGAGAAGGCGCUUUUCAAUCUGAAGGUCAGUAAGGAACAAACGGGACAUCGCAGGGCUAGAUGGGAGCACUCGUGACUGACGUCGGCGCAUGACAGUUCACGGCCAAGCAACUCAACCGCCAGGCCGCCAAAGCCAGCAAAGACGAACAGACCGAGAAAGCGAAAUUGAAAAAGGUACCCAACACCCAAAAGGCCCCCUCACAUGCCACAUCCAAUAAUACAUAGUUCUGACACGGGGGAAAUCGAUCUCUACUUAUAGGCCAUCUCGCAAAACCACAGCGACAUUGCCAAAAUCUACGCCCAGAAUGCGAUUCGGAAGAGGAAUGAGAAUCUGAACCUCUUGCGAUUGGCGAGUCGGAUCGAUGCUGUCGCAUCGCGGGUGCAGACUGCGGUCACAAUGCGGCAGGUCACGGGGAGUAUGGCGAAUGUGGUCAAAGGGAUGGAUAGUGCGAUGAAGAGUAUGAAUCUGGAGCAGGUGAGAAAGAAGGAGAGAUCCCUAGAACGAAGAAAGGAAAGUGAGCGGUUUUUGGCUGACGGUCGGUGGUGCUACUAAGAUUUCCGUCGUCAUGGACCGGUUCGAAACGCAAUUCGAAGACCUCGAUGUCGCGACCGGAUACUACGAAAACGCCACGUCGUCCGCGACGGCGACGGCGACGCCGCAGGACGAUGUGGAUCGGUUGAUGAACCAGGUGGCGGAUGAGGCGGGCGUGGAAUUAUCGCAGGAGAUGGAGGCCGGGAAGACUCCGUCGGGGGCACUGCAGCAGCCGGCGGAAGAGGAGAGGGAGGACAAGCUCGGGGAGCGAUUGAGGGCUUUGAGGAGCUGA